AUGUACGGUUCUGAUGCUGAUCAUUCUAACUUUCGCGCUAAGCAACUCGUAACUCACUCCCACACUGUUUCUCUGAGAGUCUAUUUCAUUUCCCACAGAAACCCAAAAGUCCCUUUGGCUCCUCCUUCCUCACUUCCUUUCCUUCUUCCUCUCGCCGACUCGACGCAGAGGUUAGGCCUUCAACUCAAGAUUGUAUCUUUAUUGUUCUCUUAUCAAAAUCAACAGUUGAAAUAA